GUCGCUAAUUGGGUAGAUUGCAGAACGGAGAGAACACCAUUCAACAGAAGUGCAGCAGCUGGUGUACCAAUAAUCUGAUGCCCUCAAUUUCAACUGAAUGCAGGUAAUUAUACUAGUAAAUUGCAAAACCAAGCUUUGCAAAGCCAUCAUAACUUGCUUCGCAUGGUGAACACUGCAGCCAACAGGAAGACAAAAACCCACAACACAAGACAUUUCGGAAAACGGACAGCGAGAUAAACUUGCUUCUGAGAACCCACAAGCAUUCGUACUGCUUAAAUGUUUGGGAAACCAGAAGCUCUUUCAAUCAAUUUGUAAUAAAACAGUGAAGGCUGAGUCAUUGAAUAUCUUUAAGAGUGGAAUUGGGCAUAUUUGAAUCAAUAAAGGAGUCAAGAGUUACAACAAAGGACAGAAUAUAAUCAGAUUACAAUACUGAUUCACCUGGGAAAAAACACUUUCAGGAAGCAAGUAUGAACAGCAGCCUUUGCAAUUCCUCAGAUGUUGACAUCAACCUCUCCAACACAUCAUCACAGGACAAGUGUCCCCGAGAUUACCAGGUCACCAAGGUGGUGUUUCCUACACUUUACAGUCUCCUCUUCAUCGUUGGUAUCAGCCUCAAUAUCCUGGCAAUCAAAAUAUUUUCAAAAAUCCCCAGCAACUCUACCUUCAUUGUCCUCCUGAAAAAUAUUGUCGUUGCUGACUUGUUCAUGAUCUUGACAUUCCCUUUUAAAAUACUCCGUGACACACAACAGGCCCCCUGGCAGGUGAGGUGGUUUGUAUGCCGCUACUCAGCGGUGCUUUUCUACUUCACCAUGUACGUCAGCAUUAUACUUCUAGGGCUGAUCAGCUUUGAUCGUUUCCUCAAAAUCACUAGACCCCACGCCAAGUCAUGCAUACGAAAGCCUAGAUUCAGCAAACUUCUGGCUGUAGCAGUUUGGGUCAUCAUGUUCCUUUUGUCUCUUCCCAAUGUCAUCCUGACGAACAAACCGGCCACACCAAAAUCGGUGACAAAAUGCAUGAAACUGAAGGGACCAGCUGGAUUGAUGUGGCAUGCCACACUAAGCUAUAUCAGUCAGUUCAUCUUCUGGGCAGUGUGCAUACUGAUGGUCGUGCUUUACGCUGUAAUACUCAAGAAGGUCUACGAGUCCUACGUAAAGUCCAAAAGCAAAGGCAGUAAGGCUCAGAGAAAGACAAGAGUCAAAUUGUUUGUCAUUGUGUCAGUUUUCUUCAUCUGUUUUGCGCCGUAUCAUUUCAUGAGGGUGCCCUACACACUCAGCCAAGUGGGGAAAGUGAAAGAAUGCUGGAAGCAGCACAUGCUGUAUUAUAUAAAGGAAUCAACGCUCUGGCUGUGCGCUUCAAACACCUGCCUGGAUCCACUUAUUUACAUCUUUUUGUGCAAGGCAUUCAGACAGAGGUUAGGCAAACCUACCCGAGACACAUCAUACAGUAUAACAAGUUCAAGAAUCAUGCACAGUGGGACAAAUGACAAUGAAGUCACACAGAGUAGUUUAUAGAAUGGAUUUGUAGACUGACAAUACUUUAUAGAAUGGAUUCAUCAUCACUUUCUACAAAAUUAAGCAACUCCGUAUUCUUCCACUGUUCAAUGCUUUAGAUUCAAUGAAUCUUAACUGUUGCAUUUCUUCAUUUAACAAGAAGUCUCACUUUUGUGCACUGUGAGCUAAUGAUGAAUAUUAUGAUGAACAGCGGUAAUUCUUAAAUGACAGAUCCUAAUGCUUGAUACUUGUUGGCAAAAUAUUUUUAACCGCCUUUUACGAAUGUCCUUUAUUCAACAAGCUAAUUUUACUGAGCGCAGCACAUGUGGUAAUUGUUAAGUUACAAGCUUCCCUGCAAAAUUGAAAUGCUUUCCAACUCAAAGCAGCCACUGGUGGAUGGUGUAAAGGAAAACUCCAUCAAGAAAUGUAAAAAUAUCCAUCAGAUGUAGACUUGGUGGGAAGAUCCUAAAUCAAUUCUAACCUUCAAAACACAACAAUUCUUUUGAAAAUCUGAAAUUGGAGAGGUACUUCUUAUUCAAUAGUCCGCAAUCAUUCAAAAUUUCCCAGGAAACAAAAUGCAAACUACCAACAUUCAAAACACACAAACACCAAACAAAAAGGAAAGCUCACAAACUAAGUACAGCAAAUCAAUUUGAACAUAGCCAUUAAUAAAAUGAAAAACUUCCUCAAUGUUACAGGACUUCAACAAUUUAAUUUCUUGGUUCCUUUGUGUUUUGCUUCCAUGCCAGAAAAACUAGAUGUUCAUUAUGAAAAGGUGCAAGCAAACUCAAAAUCUAAUCCACAGUGCGAUUCAAGAUAAAUAACAAAACGCUAGGUGAAUGAUUUUUUUUAAACUUCACGCCUCCAGUAGUUUGAUCUGAAAUACACAAGCUAAAAGAGUCAAACAGAUUCAGUUUAUUUUCAAAAAUGAAGUAGGCAUCUGCUUGAACAGAAAAAAAGCUGUAAAUUGGCACUGGGGCAGCACUAAUUAGAUAGCAAUCUCAGUAUGCCAGCACAGACACGAUGAAGCCUUCCUGUGUUGCAAAGUUCAGGUUCCUAUCGAACACAGUUUCUACAAUCCCUCACAGGCUGAGCAUUCUGUAUUCCAAUGUUUCUGGCACCCCUAUGAAGAGUUUGCACUUUUAAAAGCCAAGGGCAAUUCUUGCAUGACAGCAGCACCUCCAUCCGAAAGCUCCCCUUCAAGUCACACACCAAUCUGAAGUGGAACUAGAUCACUGCGACGAGGUCAAACUCUUUGAACUUUCUGCCUAGCGGCACAGUGGCUGCCACUGCACCACGCUUCUCCCCGCUCCCCC